GCAGCAUCCGGACCUCACUCCGCAAAGGGUUAUAUAUGAGCCCAGGACUCCACUAUCUACAGGAACUUCCAACUUCCUUGAAACAAGAGCGUCCUUUAAACACAAGACAUGGUCAAGGAGGACUCCAGCUCCAGGUCCACCGUGGUGAACAUCAGCAGCAGCGAUGUCCCAAAGGAUUAUGUGACCUGGUCCACAUUUAACACAGUGUUCCUGAACUCCUGUUGCCUGGGCUUCCUUGCCUAUGUCUUCUCUGUGAAGUCCAGGGACAGGAAGAUGGCGGGCGAUGUGAUUGGGGCCCAGAGCUACGCUACAACUGCCAAACGUCUGAACAUCGGUGCCGUGGCCGUCUCCAUCUUCAUGUUCAUCGUGGUGAUUAUCAUUCUAACCCAAAGAAAAUAGACGAUAGCUACUAAGGAUGGCACUCCACGAAGUAUGUGCUCUUCGUAUACAGAGUCAGUGGAUUAAAUUCUCCCCUGCACUGUUUCCUCGGGGAAUGCAUGCAUGCACUCCGCCCUUCCCAGCCGCCCCUCAUCCUGGCCCCCCGACCUGUCACUGGACUCCUCGUGGGAUUGUUACCCUCACACAUCUGCUCACAGAGGAGCCAAUAAAGUAUGCGGGGUAGCAA